GGCGCCAUAAAUUAACAAAACGGUGUCGUAAUUAAUGAGCUCAAAAGUUUGGAAGUCUGUAAAACGACAUCGUUUGUUGAACUCAGCUGAGGGGGGGAAAAAAAAAUAAGGGUUUCGUGAAGGCUUUGGGAGGCGCGAUCAUUCUCCGAGCUUCUUCUUCUUUACAGCGACUGUCUCCUUCUGACUCUCUCGUCUCUGUGUGUGUCUCCGGGAUAAGUUUGUAAUCACAGAUGGAUGGGUUUUUGCAAACGCUUUCAAGCUCGACUGGCGUCUGUCAUCCAGAUUGUGUACGAGCAAGCAAUGCGCAAGCUGAUUACGAUGCAUCUCAAUCUGCAGCUUUGGUAGCUGUGAGUCUGAUUAGCUCUGCACGGGUUCUCUUCAAACUCGACCCUGAGUAUACUCGGUACUCAGCUCAGUAUUUGGUGGAUAACGUUGGGAAGGAAGAAGUGGAGGGAGAAAUGGAUCAACCACAUUGUCAGUACACUAUGGAAAACAUACUUCGGUACUUGGUUGAAAACGUUUGGACAAGGAGGGAAGAUAGGCUGGAAGAAGAAUUGGAUCAACGACGCCAUGACCUCACUGUGAAAGAGUGCCUUGAGUUUGCUUUUAAAAAAGGGCUACCGAGAGGAGAACAUUGGGCUCAUUUGGGAUGUGUGUCCAAGGUUCCCCCAUUUGCUUGUCAGAUACCUCGCGUUCCCAUGAAAGGAGAAGUGAUUGAGGCUACAAAUUGGGAUGAAGCAUUUGAGCUGUUUAAGCAACAACCGAUAGGAGCAAGACUACAUGUGUUCAGUCCAGAGUUUUAUCGUGUUGGAGAGGAGGGAUUUUACGAGGGGCCUUCAGGUAAUGGAACAAGGUAUGUUGGACUUAGAGAUGUGAUAGUAGUUGAAGUGGAGAGGAUCGAGGGAGAGAUUGUCGUGACUGUUCAGGUAUUCUACAAGAAGAAGACCUCGUUUGUCAAAGUUGCUAUGAGAAGUAUGUUACUCCCGCUUAAUGGUGUCGACGAGUCUGAGGUCACAGAACCAACCACACUGCUUGUUGAUUUCUGUAUCCCACGUUUAUCUAUCAACUAAACAAGAGCUAUCUGGAGAACUUUAUGCUAGCUGUGGAACUUGUUUGUUUGUCCUAUGUUAAGAAUCUUUUAUGAGACCUAUGUUUCUGUUUGAGUAUCUUGAAAACCCUAUGUUUGUUGUGGAACCCUGUUUGUAGUCUGAAAUUAAUAUGGCUUUAUGAGACUUUGAUCUGUGAUUUUAGAAGUUGUUCGCUACUUUCUAAAGUUGAUGCUAUUUUUAGAAUCCCUCUGUGAAUGUGAGACCAAUUGGGCAUCAUCCUUUUCUUAGUGACCAUUAGUCAGUCUUAUUGGAUUUCACCCAGCUAAUCCUAUUGGUUAACAAUGUUUCUCUCUGGAU